CCCCGGAGCGUUGGACGCAGCGGUGCAACUUCCAAGUUCGCCUCGAACUUCUUUCCCAAGUUCUGGAGCGCAAUGCCGGCCGCCACCCGCUGAUUUCUUCAGACAGCUGCCGCGCCGUGAAAAGCAACAUGUCACGUCUUAGUAUUAUCGGCCCGUAUUCUGAUUUAGUGCCGAACAAUUAAACUUUGACAGAGUUUAAGACAAAAAACUUUUGGGACAAAACUUUUUUUUUUUGUGCGGCGACAUGGCCCCGGUCGUGGCGCUCAUUGUGCCAGCUGUCUUGCUGCCAGCCCUGGUAACGACCGAACUGACGACGAAUGCACCGUUAUGGGACGGCGGCUGGAACAACACCACGACGGCUGUGGCACCACCGCCGGAGCCCAACCGGACGUACCAAGACCCAACAUACUACUCUGUCAACUACCGCAUCAUCGGCACCAUCUUCCAAGGCAUCAUAUUCGCCGUUGGCGUCCUGGGCAACAUCAUGGUGGUCAUCGUGGUGAUGCGUACGCGGAGCAUGCACACGCCCACGAACUGCUAUUUGGUCAGCCUGUCCGUAGCCGACUUCAUGGUCCUGGUCGCAUCGGUACCGAACGAGAUCAUCUCCUACUACGUGCUCGGUGACGAGUGGAUCUGGGGCCGCGCAGGGUGCGCGCUCUUCAUCUUUCUCCAGUACCUAGGCAUCAAUGCGUCCUCACUGUCUAUUACGGCUUUCACCGUGGAACGCUACAUUGCGAUCUGUCUGCCCAUGAAGGCACAAACCAUGUGCACGGUCAAGCGUGCCAAAAAGAUAAUACUGGGCGUGUGGCUGUUUGCUUGCUCCUACUGCUCCCCUUGGCUUGCCUUGACCACAACUACGGCCGUCUACUACAAGGGUCACGACAACAUAGAGACCUGCACGUUUGCGCUGUCCAGACACCACUACCGCAGCUACUUCUUCGCUGACAUCAUACUGUUCUACGUCGUGCCACUGCUUCUCUCGUGCGUCCUCUACGGACUCAUGGCCCGCGUCCUUUUCCAAUCCAACUUCAACUCCAAGGCGAACGGCACCACCGACUCCAAGAAGAGCUCUGCCAACAGUAGCUCUAGGGUUCAGGUGGUGAAAAUGCUGUUCGUGGUGGUGGCGGUGUUCGCGACACUGUGGCUGCCAUACCGGGUGCUCUUGGUUUACAACUCGUUCGCUGAGAAGCGUUACAUGGAGCUGUGGUACCUCAUGUUCUGCAAGACCAUGAUAUUCAUAAACAGCGCCAUCAACCCGAUCCUGUACAACGCCAUGUCCAUCAAGUUUCGGCGUGCUUUCAAGCGCAUGCUCAGCUGUGGCGCUGCCCGUGGCUCUCGAGACAGCCGCGGUGGCACCGAGCGCACCGUGGCCGGAACCUACUCGAGCGUAGUGGGAGGCGGCUCGGUGCGUCUCAACCGCAGCACUUUCGUCGCGCCGCCUGGCAAGGGCAGUACGAGCAAGAACACGCUGGUGGAUACCACUCACCAGUUGGUAUAAAAGACGACGGCACUAGUCGCUGCGUCAGCUUCUCAGAGACAGACAACAGCCGCCGCUGGCCUGUGCUUCGUUUAGAGCCCUGGCCCAAGUGUGUUAGCUGCAAGUUGAUUGCAGGCCUAACGAGCACCACCUCAGCAAAAACCGCUGACUAGAGUCCGGACAGCGACGAUAAAUCGAUUACAUGUCCAUUCAUUGCCAGAGAAAAAAGUAGGGUUGACGCAGGAAAUUGAAAAAAAAAAAAAAGGUUGAGAAUUUCUCGUGCACGAGCGUGACGUGUGCUUGCGUGCACGCGAGCGUCUGGCUGGCAAACCAGCACCAUAACAAGAAAUAGUUUGAGCUUUAAGGAAUAUGUUGACAAAGGACCUAACAAUCCCAUGUUAAUGUGGUUAUCGCGCAGGCUUAGGAAGGUUUCCUGUUUUAUUUACUCUUCAGCGAGUUGUUUCUUGGAAGCUGUGAAGAAUAGUCAUGAAGCAUGGGAUGUGUUUCUAAGCUAAACGCUGCAAAGUGCGCCCAACGAGCGCUGAGUCAUGUUCGCGGCCUUUGAGCUAUGUAUUUUACUCCAUUCGUCGCUUCUCUUUGGGCCACUGAACUCUUUCUGUACACAGUAAGCAUCUUCGGCUGCCAAGAAUGACGAACGAGCAUUGCGUCAUCAAAAAUCAUUUGUCGUCAAAGAGGCAGGUAGAGAGAGAGUAGAAGAAUGUGUGGAAGUUAAUAUACUAUAAGAUGCUUGGCCGUACGUUAGUCUUGCGGCACCAGAGUCUCAAUUAAAAAAUUUCUUUAUGUACCACCUUUAACAAUCACCAGAAUGGCAGCGCUGGCGUAUCGUUUAACACGGACCAGCGUUCGGCCACUUAAUAUCUGAACCUUUCUCCGAAGAGAAUGGCCGAAAGGCACCGCUAGGUGUGCGUGUGCUUCCGCGUCUUCGAAGUGCCCCUACAAGGCCAUCCUUUUGAGUUGCACACCCGCAGUGUAGACGCCGCCAGUGGCUCAGGCUCUACAAACGGUGACGUUGCUCAGACUUUUCCUCCCAAACCUCGUGUCGUGCACAGACCUCUUUAUUGGCUGUGUAGAAUUGUGGCUGCUCAUUUGUCGCUAGUAGCCACUUCUGCUCAUCCACAUUUUGCUUUAUAGCGUGCCGAGGAUAUAGUGCGCCGAGGAGUAACGCGGCUCUGUGUGUGCAGUGUAUGACAGCGACUUGUGCGCACGCUGCUCAAGAUGCAGGAAAUCACUAAUGGAACUGUUUUAUUCACUUCGCGUCAACUGUUUCUCCCAUGUACCGUGUACUUGGAGUUCCUUAGAUGGUUGUCUAUUUACUGUAAACAAUGUAUAUCUCAUUAACUAUUUUAAAAACAUCUUUACUGCAGCGAUUUACGUUUAUUCGCUGAAAAACUACUUAUACAGGCUGUUACCAAAAAAUUGCUAUUGUAAACCAAAAAAAUAAAUUAUACUUCCGCAUUAAUUUCAGUCGCAUGCUCUUGUGUGACUAUCUAUUCCACCGAGCAUUGUAACCUUAAUUAGGCUGAAUGAUACUCCUUAAGGUAAAGAAGUACCUGUCUGGUAAUAACGUGGCAAAAGGACAUGUACGGUUUCGUAUGUAGCAUGCUCCCAUGGAACCGAACCAGAGUGUACUCUACAUAAAGAAGUGCUUCGCCAUAUUGAACAGGGUAAGCAAGAAUCUGAAACUUUGACUUUGAUUGUAGCGCUCUCGAAUGUAUUAACAUAUUUUCUUGCUGUUUCAAAUCUUUAGAUUUUUUUCUUUUUCUCGUGUAUAUAGGAUGCUCCAUGGAAUGUAUAAAUGAGCUGUUUGUGUGAAAAUGGUAUUUUCUGUAUAUAUUGCAUUCCGCUUGUGAGCUGAUACGUGUCUCCCAAUGUCAGCUCCCUGUGAAAGACAUAAAUGGUAUUGUUGGACACCCCUGCCAACUCGUCAUGUGCUCCCGAACAUUGCGGCGAAACAGCGCAGGAGACGAACGGAUCAACACAUAAUGCAAUGCACAGAUUAUCGACUGAUUUUCAACUUGAAGUCAUAAAUAGAGGAGGAAGGAAACAGAAAAGGAGAGGGCAGGGAGGUUAACCACAAAAGCUUCCGGUUGGGUACCCUACAAUGUCAUAAAUAAAAACAAUCAGUUGACAAUCAGCGCAUUGUCUUGACUGUUUGCCCAACCCGUCGUCCGUGUUAUUUCGCCGCAAUGAAUGUAAACCAAGUAGCCCAGCUCACAGUCCUUCUGCUUUUAAACAUAUUCUUGAUGUUGUCACUGCGAAGAGUCGAUGUUGUAGAUGAUGCUUUC